UUCAAAAUGGGAAGACGGUGUUCCGUCAAACUAAGAUCCUUUCUGUUGGAUCUAUAAAUAGUAAAAGUCGAUGAUUCGGAGAGCAGAUAUUCGCUCGCACUUCUCUCCUUCGUUCGACUCCGCGUAACAACCGCUGACAUUUUCUCUCAGACGUGAAGAAUGGGGCUGUCUUUCGCAAAGCUAUUUAGCCGGCUUUUUGCCAAGAAGGAGAUGCGUAUAUUGAUGGUUGGGCUUGAUGCUGCCGGUAAAACCACCAUUCUUUACAAGCUCAAAUUGGGAGAGAUUGUCACCACUAUUCCCACCAUUGGUUUCAAUGUUGAAACCGUGGAAUACAAGAACAUCAGCUUUACUGUCUGGGAUGUCGGUGGCCAGGACAAGAUUCGACCACUGUGGAGGCAUUAUUUCCAAAAUACACAAGGGCUUAUUUUUGUGGUUGAUAGCAAUGAUCGCGAUCGUGUGGUUGAAGCUAGGGAUGAGUUGCACAGGAUGUUGAACGAGGAUGAGUUGAGGGAUGCUGUGCUGCUAGUAUUUGCUAACAAGCAAGACCUUCCAAAUGCUAUGAAUGCUGCCGAGAUCACCGACAAGCUUGGGCUUCAUUCUCUCCGCCAGCGCCACUGGUAUAUACAGAGCACAUGCGCCACUUCCGGUGAAGGACUUUACGAGGGACUCGACUGGCUCUCGAACAAUAUCGCAAGCAAGGCAUAAAUGGCACAAUUGAAAUGACAGUCGCACCAAUUCUGGCCUUUUGUUGUGGAUAUCUACCUCGUUCAAGUGUUGUGGCUUAAGAACAAUUCGAUUAAAUUUCAAUUUCCCUGCAAACAUUGUCAUUUGUCACAUGUAGUUUAAGAACGAUUUGAUUAAAUUUCAAUUUCCCUUGUCGUAUAC